UAUUUUUAAGGUUAGGUAUUAGUUUGUUUACUUAUGUGUGAAUUUGAAUUUGUGUUUUGAAGAGUUUAUUAGAAUAAAAUGUAUAACGAAGAUGAUAAUUCGUUACGAAAUGAAGAUAACUUUAAGGAGAAAUUCAAAUAUUAUAAGGCUAAUAAACCAAAACCCUCUUUAGUUGAGAUUUUAUCAGUAGAGGUUGGUAGUGUUGAUAAGGUUAUUAAUAUUACUCCAAAUAUAGUAAAAGAAGACCCAAGAACGGACUUAUUAGGAUUACAAAAACAGGCGAAAUGGAGAACAUUCACAUUACAUGAUCAUCCUGGACUUAUCAUUAUUAGAAACCCAUUCACCACUGCUGGACAAAGGUAUUGGAUCAGGAAAUGCCUAGAAGUGUACCCAAGGAAACCUCAUAAGAGGAACAUUGAUAUAGAAACAGACAUAGAAGAUUGGUGGGCGGAAUGUUUUGAAAAUGAUACAUGUAACAGACUUCUCCAGAAGAAACUUCGUUGGACGACUUUGGGAUAUCACCAUAACUGGGACACAAAAGUCUACAGUGAAGAAAAUAAGGCAGAGUUUCCAGCAGACCUAGCAGAGUUGUCUGACAUUGUGGCACAAUAUCUUGGAUAUACCAGCUUCAAGGCCGAAGCAGCCAUUGUCAACUACUACCACAUGGACUCGACUCUGUCAGCUCAUACUGACCAUUCCGAGGUCAAUUUGGAGGCACCCCUGCUGUCUUUUAGUUUUGGCCAAUCAGCCAUUUUCUUAAUUGGAGGUAAGGAAAAGUCUAAAGAUCCUUCUGCAAUUUUACUUCAGAGUGGAGAUAUUGCAAUUAUGUCCAAAGAAGCUCGCCUAUGCUACCAUGCGGUUCCGAAAAUCUUACCAUCUUCAAAUGCUCCUUGGGAUGACCAAGAAUUAGCUAGCACUAUAAUCUGUGAUAACAACAACUUAAAAUAUAUGAAACAUCAAGAUGAAAUAGUGUCUUUAAUGAACAAGAACAUGGAUAAUUCUGAAUGGAGUAGGUUUAAAGAAUACAUAGAACAAUCCAGAAUAAACAUGAAUGUACGACAGGUAUUAAAAGAGAAACAAAAAAGCUUAUGUGAUAGAUUAGUUUAAUGACACUUAAAAUGUUGGAUAUCAAAAACUUAUUGCGUAUAUUGGUAUGCUGUAAAAUAUAAUUUAAAUAUAACAUUUUGUUACUGAGAUAAUAAAAGUUCCUUGAUUACA